AAGCAAAAAGCAACAGGUCCAAAUCCUGUCGGUGCACGUCAGUGUAAAGCUUGUGGUUGUUGAUGAGGAAGGCCUAAAACACAGACUAACUAAGUUUAUUUCAUUCACUGUGCAUAAAUUUUUAUAAAGUAGAGCAGUGAUGUUCCGGACAGCAGUAGAGCAUGCCAAGAAGCACCCUGGUCUCAUCCCCCAGUUCUUCUUUAUCUGCCUAGGAAUGGGUGGAGCGUCCUUAUAUCUUAUCCGGUUGGCCAGAGGACCCCAUGUUACCUGGAACAAGACCAGUGACCCUGAGCCUUGGAAUAAACUGGACCCAACGUACCAGUAUAAGUUUGUGGCCAUCACCACAGACUAUAAAAACCUGAAGAAGGAGGGACCUGACUUUUAAAUCUCACAAACCAGAAUGAAUUGAAAUCCAAGAAGAUCCUCAUAUGGGGUCAGAUUCACUUUGUCUGUCCCCCUUGACCUCAACAAUGCAGGUGGUUGGUGAAAUGUACCCCAGAUCGGGAUGUGAUUUUAUUGUAUCUAAGCCUGUAUGAUUUUGCAAAAAGCUGCUAUUUAUUUGGUUAAUGUGACUGACCCGGUCAUGUAAACAUAGUGGACAAAGCAGCAUUUUUACAUGCUCAAAUACUUCUUUAUGAGAGAUGCUCACUUAGUUGUGCAUCCUGACAGUAAGAAAGCUAGAAACAAACACAUCAAUAUAUCUAAAAUGUUCAUAAGCAUGUGUUUAGUUGUGGUUAAGUGUUUAGGAUAUCUAAUAUGUAUCUAAAGAGCUUAAUCAAUAAGACAUGCUGUUACACGGAGCCCAAUAUUGUCUAGUGUAGCUUAAAUCUCCCUAAUGUGUUAAAGUUUAUGAGUAUUUUGUAAAAUGAAACAUUUGUAACACAAUACACUGAAAAAUAAAAUUAUUCUGCAAAAGAUUUCAUGUUUUCCAUAACUGAUACAGACUAUAAGUUUAACUGCCACUAAAUUCUACAUUUACAUUGUCAGUUAUGGAAAAUCCUGAGGUGCAUUAACUAGACUGGAAUCUCUCAAUAAUA